GGGUGGAACUGAAGCAGGCAGGAACUUUCACCCCUCCAGCAUCAACGCUCACACACACACACGGACGCGCACACGCACACAGCUGACAGAUCUGCGAGUGUGGACUGGAGUGUGCGCGCGUUCAUGUGCAGCGCGUGAAGGACGUAUCAAGGAAACUUGAGAGAAUAUUGACUGGAUUUGCUGUCCUGCUAUGAAGCUCAAGAUGAUAAAACCACAUCUCAAUGCAGUUUUCAUCGCAAUUCUACUGACUUGUAGUGGGGCCAAGCCUAAUGGAAAGAACAAAAAAACAAAACAAGUUGUGCCGGCUAUAGAGUGUGAUGUGCGGGCAGGGAAGAUCAAUCUCCCAGAGUUUAUUGCCAAGUGUCCUGCAAACUGCAGGGAGACCAAGGAGAGGGUGUAUGGGACGAGUGUGUUUGCCUCCAUAUCCAGUAUCUGCAAUGCUGCAAUUCACAGUGGGGUCAUCAGUAACUCUGGAGGAAAGUUAAUUGUGAGAAAGAUGCCCGGUCAGGUGUCCUACAAAGGCAGCUUUGCCAACGGUGUACGAUCACUGUCCUUAACCAGCUGGAGAGAGUCGUUUUCUGUCUCAGUGGGAAAACCAAAGAAAGGGGUGAUCUAUCCCCCCAGCCUGGACUACACCCCCUCAAGACCCACCACAGUGAAAACAGCUCCCUCAGACUCCACAGUGUUGCCCAUGACAAUCACUCCAGAGCCAGAACCAACCACCACCAUGAAAACCACAGCUCCACCCACCACCACUCCUGUGACCACACCCACCACCACCACCACCACAGCCCCACCCACCACCACAUCAGCCAAGCUGCGGGUCACUGUUCAUAAAAUCCGCGAGGCAGGCAGCAGUCACCCGUACUUCAGCUCUGUAGCACGACAGUCUCAGAGCGCCCAAGGAAAGGGUCCCGCUCAAGCAUUUAGAGGCAGCUCCAUCUAUGCCAAUAGAUUUUCAUCCCGCACAAGCACAGGUGUGCACAGGCCAGACACGGGCACCGCGAUCCGGAGACAGCCGCAUGUUCCCUCGGCCUCAGCUUUGAGUCGCGUGCAGUCACAGCCUGAGAGGAACCAGCAUGCGCAGCAGUCUAAUCCCUCAUUUACGAGAAAAGAUUGGCCGCACCCUGUGUACGCACGACCUGAUUGGUUUUCUGGCACCAGGAGACCAACAGACACUAGCCACUCACUGCCAAACACAGGCUAUAAAUGGAGUCGGAUGAGCUCUGGUGAAUCUGCAGUUCAUGACCCAAAACCUGAAAACACUGAGCAUGAGCACUGGCUCCAUAACUUUGGACAGCACUCUCCUGAUUCAGAAGACAACAAGCCUCUGUCUGAGACCAGCCACAUAAAAGAGACACUUGUUGAAUCACGGGAGCCUGAAUCAAAGCCGUUCGAGUCAGGAUUCAACGCUCGAGGGCAGGACUUGACCACCAGAGUAACUGAGAUCAUGUCUCAAGGAGAUCCAAACUGUAAAGUUGACAUUGCGUUCCUCAUGGACGGCAGUUGGAGCAUUGGCAAACGGCGCUUUAAGAUUCAGAAGGACUUUCUUGUGGAGGUGUCUCAGGUCAUUAAUGUGGGUGUCGCUGGACCCAUGAUGGGCGUCAUUCAAUAUGGGGAUGAUGCAGUCACAGAAUUCAGUCUGAGACAGUUCUCCAACUCCAAAGACCUAAAACCAGCCAUCAACAAAAUCAUCCAGAAGGGUGGUCUAUCUAAUGUAGGCAAGGCUCUCUCCUACAUCAACAAGCAUUUCUUCAGCGAUGCUAAUGGCAACAGAGGUGGCGCACCGAACGUGGCUGUGGUCCUAGUUGACGGCUGGCCCACUGACAAAGUGGAGGAGGCCUCACGUCUGGCCAGAGAGUCGGGCAUCAACAUCUUCUUUGUCACCAUCGAGGGCCCAGAUGAGAAUGAGAAGCAGAAUGUGGUGGAGGCCAACUAUGUUGACAAGGCUGUGUGCAGGACAAAUGGCUUUUACUCGCUGCCGAUAACGAGCUGGUUUGCAUUGCGUAAAGCUGUGCAGCCCCUGGUAAAGCGCGUGUGCGACACAGACCGCCUGGUGUGCAGUAAGACCUGCCUGAACGCCAACGACAUUGCAUUUGUCAUCGAUGGCUCGAGCAGCGUGGGAACUGGAAACUUCCGCACCGUGCUUCAGUUUGUCGCUAACGUGACACGCGAGUUUGAGAUUUCGGACACGGAUACGCGUGUGGGCGUGGUCCAGUACACGUAUGAACAGAGGCUCGAGUUUGCUUUUGGACAGCACAAUAACAAAGCUGACCUGCUGAACGCUAUCAAGCGGAUAAACUACUGGAGCGGAGGAACCAGUACAGGAGCCGCAAUCACAUACGCUGCCGACCAACUCUUCAGCAAAUCCAAACCCAACAAACGCAAGAUCAUGAUCGUUAUCACAGACGGACGCUCGUAUGAUGAUGUGCGGGCACCAGCACUGGCAGUACAUCAUAAAGGUGUGAUUGCGUACUCCAUCGGUAUUGCAUGGGCUGCACAGGACGAGCUGGAAUACAUCGCCACUGACCCCGACAGAGAGCACUCGUUCUUUGUCGAUGAGUUUGACAACCUCUACAAGUAUGUGUCGAAAAUUAUUCACAACAUCUGCCAAGAGUUCAACUCCCAGCCUCGCAACUGAAGCAGGAACACAGAGAGAUUUGAUGAGCCAUGGGAUUGUUCAUUGCAUCACCACACAGGCAGCAUGACAGUAUUACAGGUAUAGCAUAGAGGCUUCUGAAUGAAAGGCAUCAAUGCAAUAUGUUUUCAGGUUUAAUAUUGUGCAGUUUAAAACAACAACAACAACAACAACAACAAAAGCAAUUUAGAACUGCUACAGCUGGUCGUUUAACUGGAUGGCAGUGGCUGUGUUCAGUGAUUUGGUGUGUAAAUGUUUAUGAACAAACUAUUAUUGGUUUCUGCACAUCAGUACAGUUAUAAAAGACAUAUAGCUUUUUGAUACACAGUUUUAGUAAAAGACUUUUUAUAAUUUAACAUACAGAACUAAAUAAUUCAAUUAUAAAAUCUAUGUUCAUAUGAAAAGCUUGCAGCUAAUUAUAUGUGCAGUCAAAAAUGCCAUGCCAGAUUUUCUUUGUAAAUGAAAUAUCUUGCCUGAUAAAUGCACAAGUCCAGGUUUAAUAAAGGAAAUGUGGUAAAUAAGUGGGAUAUUGCAUAUGAUCUGGAAACAGGAAAAUGGUGAAUGGAUUAUGAUUGUUUGUGCAUGCUAGAACUGACUGAUCUUACUGUACAUCGCAAGAUUUUUCAAAUCACGAAACUGACCAAAUGUUUUGGAUGGAUGUUAAAGACAACAUGCAUACAUUUAAAAAAGAAUGGCAACAUUUAUAGAGUUCCUGUUGUACUCUUAACCAUUCUAACAGGAGCGGAUUAUAAACGUAGAAUAUUUUCAUGUCAAUUUAAUUUCCUAUACUGUCGUUUUGUCAUAUAUGUAUAUAUUACUAUUAAAAUUGAUCAAUAUUUUAAUGCCAUUUUUAAUAAAAAUUAUUAUUGAAAACCA